GGUGGAGGUAUACACCGCGGCGGAGCAGCGCUCGAUUACCAGCGCGACUGGCUGCCAGUCCUGCACGAGCUGCGCUGCAGAGUGUGCGCUAUACCUACUCGAGGGACUGGUUCUCUAUCUUGUGUGUCCGUGCGACUGUACAUAUAUACAUAUUGCUACGUUAUACUCUGUGCGAGGCGAGCUGAGGAGACGCUUUUCGUUCGGGGAGCUGCGCUGAGCCGCACAUCGCUGCCAACGAUCGCCUCGAGAGAAAGAGAAGAAAUGCUGGCCGUCGUAUGAAAAUGAGCGAGCCGAGCAAAUAGCGAACAAGCGAGGGCGAGAUCUCGGCGCAAUGACGACGGGGGAGAGAAUAUAAAUCGAGGGAGGGAGAAGAGGAUCUCGAUACGCUCGGCCGAGCGCUCGCGCGCGCGCGCGCAAGCGAGAGAUCGGUAGGAGAGUCGCCGGUAAAUCAUAAUCGCCGCGGGGCAUCCGCAGAAAGAAAGAGACAGGAGUACACAGAGAGAAGGGAGAGGGACUAAGUGCAUUCUCCCCUGGCGGAUAUCGAGUGCGACCGAUCGAUCGGUAUAUACGCGGGAGCCGCUCAGUGACAGAGAAAUCGAGCAGUGAAGCGUCGACGGAAGCGAGGACGAGCUAGGCUAGCUCUCCGGAUGCACGAAUAAACAAGUCGAAAGUGUAACAACAACGAGCGACUCUCGAUUUCGAUCGCGCCGCAGUGUAACCGCACGAUCCGCUCGACUCGUCGUCGUUUCUUCUCUCUCGCUCGCGCGAGAUCGGUAAUGACGCGCCCGGUUGCUGCUUACCGUUGCGGCCCAGCAACGAGGAUCUAAGUCCAGCACCGAGUGUGUCCGUGUAUUUGUGCGUGUGCUUACUCCCGACGACACGAGCCGCCGAUCGCUCGCACAGUGAAUCCGGCCCGAUCUCAUGAGGCGUGACAGCGGCCGGCAGCUGCGCAGUCAUGGCACGGCGCAGUCGUCGGGCCAGAAAGCGACAGUGCCGAGUGACAUAAUUGAAGAAAGUGCCGCCGCCGCCGCCGCCGCCGCCGUUGUAUGUAUCCAGAGUAGCAGCAGCAGCAGCAGCGCUUGAAAGCUGAGAAAUCGGCUGCGUAAUCCUCUUCUUCUCGAGCGUUCACCAUACCCUUUGCAGCAGUGGACAGAGAACCGGUAGCGAUCGGUAGUCGGGGAAAGAUGUCAUCAAACGGCGAGUUCUCCACGAUGUCGAGCGGGGAAAUGCCUUCGCUGCCCAAGUCGCUGCCGUCGUCGCGGGAGGCCACGGCCGAGGGUAAUUCCAAUUCCUCCGGCGGCUACAUGCCUCUGCGCGACUUCCUCGACAGAUUCUCCCUGCCGAGGGUCGUCCGCCUCGAGGGUAGCGCCGGCCGACCGGUACUGCUCUACAAGCAGCAGCAGCGCUCGCUCAGGGUCACCGCGACCCUCCUCAUGCACCGAUACCGCCACGACGUCAAGGUGGGCCCGGAGAUCGUCAUUCCCGAGGGAUAUCCCGGCUGGUUCUCGGUGAUAUCUGGAAACGGCACAUCGGGCGGCGCCAGGGUUUACCGGCGCGUCGAGACGCUCGUCCGAGCCGGAGUUCCUGCUUUCCUGCUCGCGGCACCGCUUCGGGCGUACAUCCUCACGCACUCGAAAAUGGAGAACGGCAACCUGCGAGCUCACUACACAAAAACGACGAUAAGGGCCGGCGAAGUGCUGCGUCUGGUGGCGAUAUUCCAGGACACGCGCAGGUGCGGUUCGAUGUCCUUCAGCAUAUCGGGCAACUCGUCGGAGCGCGACCAGUACGCCCAGUGCCUCGACCCCCACGGACGCGAGGUCUUCGCACCCCUGUCCGGCCGGGGCGAGUUCUACGCCGUCUGCCAGAGCGACGCGUCCGGCAACAGCAUCGACACUGGCAGCGACGCUCUUCUCUACAAGGUGCACCAACUGGCGAGGCGACAACUGCCGCUGCGAGUCCGUCUGAUAGCCGGUCCGCUACCGGUACCGCUGCCUCGCGAAUACGGCGGUCUGAUGCAGCUGGAGUCGUCGACGCGCGGACCCAUCGUCCUGGGCUGUCUGGUACCGGAGACGCCGGUCUACAACCCGGAGAUGCUUGAGCUACUGGUCAGCGGUAACGGCGCGCCGAGGGUCAGGAGGGCCAGACUCGGUUAUCCCUCCGAGGCUAGACUUCUCGCGUCGCCUAAAAUGCAGCGGUUACUCACCGCUUGCAGCCGCGCAGUGGGAGACCGAGCGACCGAGCCUCGCGUUGCCCCGCAGAAGCUUCACUCCGAGGACGAGAACCUCAAGGAGAUGCAUCUGAAGAAGAUCAAGCCCAAGCCCGAAACUAAACCGAUUCUUCAGAGUCUUCGCGAAGGUCUGGAACAGCUGAAAAAGCCGGCUGCCAGUCUGAACAGCAGCAUCAGCAGCGCGCGUGAAAGCAAGAUCGACCGGACACGGAACAACAGCACCGGCAGCUCCAGCAAUCCCAGUAAUAACAAUAACAGCAGCAGCGGAGCCGGUUCCGGUGGUGGCGGUGGAUUUUUGGAGCGAAUCAGUAAGCUCCGCCAGGCGAGUCGCAGUCGAAAUCCGGCCAAGAAAUCGGCGUCGUUCACGUUCGCCGUGCGGCCGGAAAUAGCUAUGAAGGCUGCGCAGAAGUACUCCAGCCUCGAGCCAUCCGAGUCGGGCUCGCAGAAUCAGCCGAUCGGAGGAGCCUCCUCGAAGCAACCGGUCCAGAGAUCGAUCUCGACCAGCGUCCUUGAGGUACCGCCUGCAUCCUCCUCCUCCUCCUCGUCUUCUUCUUCGUCGUCCGCGAAUGUCCAGCUCCAGCCAGACUACUCGAGGGUGAGGGAUAGCCUGGCACCGGCGACACCGACUCCGAAGCCGGAGCCGAUCACGGUCCUGAAGCCGGUCGUCAACGACGAGAUCUACGCCGAGAUCUGCGAGAACCACGUGCCCGUGAGGCCGACGCCGCCACCGCCACGGCCUCCGAGUCCCAACAAGUGUCCGGGUAGCCACGUCAUGGCCAGGAUAAAGAUUCUGGUGAAGGAGGACCACCAGUACAAGCCGGAGAGAGACGUGAUCGACGGCAGGAAACUUGACAGGAAGUACGUGAACUCGAUCUUCGUGACCAGCAGUCACAGCCAUCACCAGGAUUCAAUCGUCAACGCCGAGGACGAGAUCAUCUAUAACACCGUCUUCUGACCUCUGCCGCUGAGAGGCCUGUGAGAUUCUUCGGAUUAUUCAGACUAUCUUUGGUUAUAUCACUCUGUAAUUAUGUACAUGGUAUUAACGAUUAGCUCUUAUGUCGUAAGUUUACAACAUUUAUUUUCUAUUCAAAUUAAAAUUUGUCUAAGAAAUUAUCAUUUGUAUCGACGAGUUGUGUGUACAGACUGAUGCACGAAUUGUACAAUGUACAAAUGAGAUGUAAAAAGUGACCGUUUUUUUAGAAACUUUUCGAGUAACAGAACACUCUGUACAUAGUCUACGUAUUGUUAUAAAUACUAACAGUUCGAAAGCUUAGUUCUGUCAUAUUAAUUUACUAAGUUUAUAAAUGGAACCUCGAGGAGGUUUUCUCAAAUAAAAGAAUCUAACUUAAA